AUGUUAACAUUUUUAAUUUGCAGCACUGAAACAGACAAAGUCUGCUUUAGCAUUUCAUCGCUAGCCUCAGAUUCUGACACAGGUGACACAUGCGUCGACGUCAGUGUGGAUGACUGUCGUAAUCCGCCAGCUCUUCACAACAUUUGCUCAGAUCCAACCACGGCUGUCUUUUGUCGUAAAUCGUGCAAACUUUGUGGCGUAUCAUCUCAAGGCCUUCAUAACAUAGAUAAGCAAAUCUUCAUCAGUCCAUCCCCGACCAAUUCUUCUUCUUUCUCGUGUUCUCCGGGCCAAGAGUGUCACAUGUUACUUUAUUUGAAGCAAAUCAGCAGUAAUAGGUGCCCUGACGUCUCAGUUCUGCCGACAUCUGAGAUUAUGGUACAUAUGUUCAACACUUCUGACGAUAACAGUUGCUCUGUGGAUGUCCUUCUUAAAUCUUUACGAACACAUUCAGGGAAAACGGUAGAACUAUGUGUCGAGGCCUCCAAUAAUGACGGAACUUCGGAGUUAAGAUGUUACGCUGUUGAUUUCGAGGAACAUGCUGUCCAAAAGACUUCGCUCUUGUAAUAUUCCACCGCAACCACCACAAAGACAAGCAGAAUGCAACAACCAAACAACGCAAUUGAGGAAGAAAUGGAGAACAUAUCAUAUUACUUUUAUUGAUUUUUGUUUUUGUCAUUGC